AUGAAUAAAUUGAUUCUAGUCCUUCUCUUAGUUGCUGUUGCCAACUAAACUAAAUCUAAUGAUUAAAUGACUUUAGGAAGAGGUAAGCAUAAGAAUUAUCAAAAGAAUUAAAAUUAGAAGAAGCAUUUCAUUUGAGUGUUGAUCGAUUUAAUUGUGAAAUGGAGCCAAGAUUUUAUGAUUUUGUCAUUCAAGAGCUUUUUAAAUGGAUCGAUAUUAUAGAUAAUUAAUAAAAAUUACAGACGGAUCUCUAAAUAAUUGAAUAAAUAGUUAAAUUAGUAGAGAAAGUUAAGCAUAUUGAAGGAAUUUAGAAAGGUAAUUAUAUAGAAAUUAUAUCCAGAAAUGUUUUUACAUAUCAGUCAAAGACUUUCAUCAUCAGUGUCAGAAAUGUCUCUAGCUUAAGUAGAAAGUAAGUGGGCAAAAUAUAGUAUUGAUGAAAUUUAAUAAUAAAUGAGGGAAUUUUCUUAAGUAACUACUUAAAGCGAAAGAGCUACAAAGGCAAACACAAUUAUUAAAAACUUAUAUAAUAUGGAACAACAACUGUAAUAAUAUUUAAAUUAGAGCUAUCAAUAUCAAAAUAGUUAGGAAUUAUAUAAAAAAAUUGAGGAACUUAAAAAUAAACAAUAGUAUUGUGAAAGUUAAUAUCCAAAAGAAUAUACUGGUUCUACUAGAUUAUAACCUGGAAGAUCCGAUUUAGCUGCUUCUGAUGAUCCAAAGUUUGAUAAUUAAUCAUCUCACUAAUAAGCUGCCAAUCAAGAUAAGCCAUUCUAAUCAAAUCCAAAUUAUCAAGGUGGUCAAAAAGAACCAAGAUAGCCUUCAACUAGAUUACCUCCAGGUAGAUACGAUCAACCUGAAUCUAAUGAUCCAAAGUUUGAUAAUUAAUCAUCUCACUAAUAAGCAGCUAAUUAAGAUAAGCCAUUCUAAUCAAAUCCAAAUUAUCAAGGUGGUCAAAAAGAACCAAGAUAGCCUUCGACUAGAUUACCUCCAGGUAGAUACGAUCAACCUGAAUCUAAUGAUCCAAAGUUUGAUAAUUAAUCAUCUCACUAAUAAGCAGCUAAUUAAGAUAAGCCAUUCUAAUCAAAUCCAAAUUAUCAAGGUGGUCAAAAAGAACCAAGAUAGCCUUCGACUAGAUUACCUCCAGGUAGAUACGAUCAACCUGAAUCUAAUGAUCCAAAGUUUGAUAAUUAAUCAUCUCACUAAUAAGCAGCUAAUUAAGAUAAGCCAUUCUAAUCAAAUCCAAAUUAUCAAGGUGGUCAAAAAGAACCAAGAUAGCCUUCGACUAGAUUACCUCCAGGUAGAUACGAUCAACCUGAAUCUAAUGAUCCAAAGUUUGAUAAUUAAUCAUCUCACUAAUAAGCAGCUAAUUAAGAUAAGCCAUUCUAAUCAAAUCCAAAUUAUCAAGGUGGUCAAAAAGAACCAAGAUAGCCUUCGACUAGAUUACCUCCAGGUAGAUACGAUCAACCUGAAUCUAAUGAUCCAAAGUUUGAUAAUUAAUCAUCUCACUAAUAAGCAGCUAAUUAAGAUAAGCCAUUCUAAUCAAAUCCAAAUUAUCAAGGUGGUCAAAAAGAACCAAGAUAGCCUUCGACUAGAUUACCUCCAGGUAGAUACGAUCAACCUGAAUCUAAUGAUCCAAAGUUUGAUAAUUAAUCAUCUCACUAAUAAGCAGCUAAUUAAGAUAAGCCAUUCUAAUCAAAUCCAAAUUAUCAAGGUGGUCAAAAAGAACCAAGAUAGCCUUCAACUAGAUUACCUCCAGGUAGAUACGAUCAACCUGAAUCUAAUGAUCCAAAGUUUGAUAAUUAAUCAUCUCACUAAUAAGCAGCUAAUUAAGAUUAGCCCUUUUAGUCUAAUCCUAAAUAUAAGUAGUUGAGACAUUAAAAAAUUGUUCAUUUGCCUGAUGAAAAUGAAGGUGAUAUCUCAAUAGCUUUUGAAGAUUAAGUCUGUCCGUAGGGUGAGGAGGACGAUACACCAUUUAAUGAUAUUAUUGAUGAUGAAGGAGAACAUUCCCAACAGAUUGAAUAAGAUAGUGAAGAGGAAGAGGAAAAAAAUGAAAUAGAAGAGGAAGAAUAAUAGGAAAUAGAAGAGGAAGAAGAAAAGGAACUAGAAGAGGAAUAAUUAAAUGAAAUAGAAAGUUAAAAUAAUGAAUAACAAGAUGAUUAACAAAAUACAGAAGAUACUAGAUAAGAAUAAUAAGAGGAGCCAGAGGUAGAAGAAGAAGUUAUUGUAAAAAAAAGCAGUUCUAAAUUAAAAUCAGAAAAACCAGCUUAAUCUUCGUAAGAAGAAGAAAUUAAGGAAGAGGGUAUUGUAAAAAAUGCUAAAUCUGGCUCUCAACCACCAAAGCCCAGUUAAUAAGAAGAACCUAAAGUAGAAGAAGAAGUUAUUGUUAAAAAAAGUAGUUCUAAAUUAAAAUCAGAAAAACCAACUUAGUCUUCAAAAUAAGAAGAAUUAAAAGAAGAGGGUAUUGUAAAAAAUUCUAAAUCUGGCUCUCAACCACCAAAGCCCGGUUAAUAAGAAGAACCUAAAGUAGAAGAAGAAGCUAUUGUUAGAAAAAGCAGUUCUAAAUUAAAAUCAGAAAAACCAGCUUAAUCUUCGUAAGAAGAAGAAAUUAAGGAAGAGGGUAUUGUAUAAAAUGCUAAAUCUGGAUCUCAACCACCAAAGCCCAGUUAAUAAGAAGAAUCUAAAGUAGAAGAAGAAGUUAUUGUCAAAAAAAGCAAUCCAAAACUUUAAGCUUAGAUGCCUGCAAAAUAAUCAGCUUCAAAAUCAAAUGAUUCUUAAUAACAACCAAAAGCGUAAGCAUAAAAGCCCUCGUAACUAGCUGAUGAAGAGCAUGAAAGUAAAGAUGAAGAUGCCUCUUCAGAACCAAUCCAUUAGUAAGUUAAAGAUGAUGAAGAGCAAAAAAAUGAAGACAUGAAUACAGAAACUUAAGAAUCAUCAAAAUAAGAGGAUGGUGACUAUUAUUCAGACGAAUAAUCAAAAGAACCUGAAGGUGGAGUUGUAUCAACAGAAGAAGGAAAAGAAGAUUAUGUAGAAGUUGAAGUAGAAGUUGAAGAGGAGGUACCAGAUGGAAAAGGAGGAAAGAAAAAAUUAAAAAAAAUGGUGAAAAAACUUGUAAAAAAAACAAAAUAAUAAUUUGCCAAAUUGGGAAAAAAUAAUAAGAAACAAUCUUUGAAAAAGUCGAACUCCUCUAAAUCAGCGAAUGAUCCAACUGAAUAAUCAAAAAAUGAAGGAGAAAUUCCAUUAACUAAUUCAGCUCCAGCAUCAAAAACUAUUUCCAAAAAGAUUCUUUUCAAUUCAGGGUCUGAUACAUAAAUGGAAGUAGAGGGGGAAGAUAAUUCUUAAACCGGUUCUGAAAUGGAAGAUAAUUAUAUUUACUAUCAAGAAUUCGAUGACAAAAUUAUAUAUUAUGAAUUUGAUCCAGUUAAUAAUGCUUUCAAAAAAUCGUCUGUAGUUCAGAAAACAAAAAACUAGAGAUCAUUAAUUAUAUAAUCUUGGGAUGACUUACUUGAUUCAACUUCAAGUGAUGAUAAUAAAGAUAAUGAUGAAAAAUAAGAAGGUGAUAAAUAAACAGGUAUCAACCAGGACGAACAAAAAUAAUAAUAAAACAAGAAAACUCAAGAUCAAUCUUAAUAAUAAUAAGAUAACUCAUAAAAAAAUUAAUCAUAAGAGGGUCUAUAAUCUGAUACAAAUGGGUAAAACUAGAAAGAAUAGUAACCCGAUUAAGUUGUUUCUGAUAUAUUAAAAAACGAAAAAGCCAAGGUUGAAGAAACGAGUUAAGAAAAUAAAGAAAUUAGUAAAGAAAUAAAUAAAGAAAAAUCUAUAAAAAUACAUUCUCUAAAGGAUGAAUACAAUGCUAAUGAGCCUACUUAAUAUAGCCCUCCUAAACAUAAGAUAAAUACAAGACCAUCUUAAGAAAAAAUAAUUAUACCUGUUUCAACAAAAUAUGUUUAGAGUGCAUUUGAUGGAGAAGCAGCUGAAUAAUAUGAAUUUGCAGAUCGUGAAAUGCUUUAAGAUUCGGAUGAGUAUGGAUAUGGAUUUUGGUUGAGAUACACUGAAAGUGCUCCUAAAUUACAUUCACGUUAGGCUUAGACUUUUUAUUUUAUAUCUAGAUUGACUUCUAACUAAGAUUAUAGAGACUUCACAUUUUAUGGAGAUAGAACUCUCUCAAUCUUUUUAUUCGAGAAUACUUUUGUUUUUUCAACUUAUGAUCAUGGAGAUAGAAAAAAAGUGAAGGAUUCAGUUAUUGCUUUAAAUGAAGAAUUAGAAAGCAUGUGGUAUUUCAUAACUUUCUCAUACAGCUUGGCUAAAAAGUCUGCUAUUGGUUUUGUAUUAGGUUAUGGAAAUAAUGGAAAGAUUUUGAAAACAGAAAUAUCAUGCUUACAUGUACCUCCAACCUAUUUUAAAUUGAUCAUAGGAGGCAAGCACCUUUCUUACUAAGGAUUUAAUGGAUAAUUUGCAAAUAUUUUCUAUGAUAUAGACGCUCCAGCCUUUAUAGAUUCAGAGUAAAAAUUAAAUGAAUUGAUAAAGACCAUUAGUAAUCCUCCUCAAGCAGUUAAUAGCUUGACUGAUUUGGAAGUUUUAACAACUCCUAAAUAAUUAAGUGCUAAUAGUAAAGGAGAUUCUUAAGAAUUGAAUCCAUAAGAAUCGUCUUUAAUCAUAGAGGAGUAUAGCAUAGCAGGUUGGUUUAGAUGGAUUGAUGAUUUAAAGGUUGAUGAAUAAAAUACUUUCUAAAUAUUUAAUUUAAGAUCAACUUAAAAAAAACAACCAAACAAAGGUGUAUUAGGAGAUAGAACAUUAGAAAUACAUUAUACAUAUGGAGGAGGAGCUAAGAGUACAGUCUAUUUUAAUACUUACACAAUAUAAGGUAAUAAAGCAAAAGGAACAUCUUAUAUUUCUAAAAACGUUGAAUCUCCAAAUUUGAUUUGGACUUAUGUAUAUUUUGGAUAUGAUAAUGAUAAAUUAAAAGCUUAUGGAGCAUUAAUAAGACCAGGAAAAGCAGAUGAAGUAAUUUUGGAUCCAAUACAACACAAAUUAGUGACAAAAUUAUAUUUCACAAUUGGAGGAGAUGAAUAGAUAUCAUCUUUUAAUGGAAAGAUUGGAUAUGUAGGAAUUUAUUUAGGACCUGGAGCCUUUAGAUCAAGUCUAGAUUUUGGGUAAUAAUUUUUCUAUGGCGAUGGAGCCGUUGGAGUUUAUCAACUUGUGAAACCAAUUUAAUACAAGGAUGAUGCUUAAGAUCCAAAUCUAGUUAGAGACUCUUAAUAUGAUGCUGAAUAGCCAAUAGUUGAUAAAAUCUUAUUGCAUGAUGAUAGCAAAUUGAGACUGAAUGGUUAAAGUGAAUAUUCAUUUGGUUUAUGGACAAGGUGGUUAUAGACUUUACCAAAAUUUUUAGCCUAAAGAGGAGCUGUACACAAUAUAGCAAGAUUUGGUACAGCACCAUAUUUAAUUGAAUAAGUAGAGGGUAAAUUAAAACGAGCAAAUACCAGACCUUCAACAGAAAAAGAUCAAACUUUAGCAGUUACAUUAAGUAAGGAUGCUUAUGAAUUUUAUACUUACAAAGCCAAAGAUGAAAUUGAGUUCAAUAAUAUUGAAGGAUCUUGGAAUUAUGUUUACUUUGGUUAUAAGAGAGUGGGUACUAAUGGUAUUGCCAAAGGAUAUGUAUAGUUUGGAUUAGAAGGAGAAAUUAAAGAGAUUGUUUUUGAUAUUUUGCAUGAUUUUCUUUUGGAAUACGUUGAAUUUGUUAUCGGAAAGAGUUAAGCUCCUCUUUUUAAUGGAUAAUUAUGUAAAAUUUAAUGUUCCAUUGGUCCAGGAUCAUUUAUCAGUACAGCUGAUGAUUUGAAAUUAUACACAUAAAACAGUCUUCCAGAUAAAGCUCAAAUUCGUCCCAUAAGUAGAUAAACAUAAUAAUUGAUUGGAACACCAGUUGAUUAACCUAGUUAAAAGUUUUAAUUUGAUAAGUUCUAGGGUAUUAAAGAAUAUAGUAUUUCUGGGUGGGUAAAAUGGAGUGGAGCAUAGAAACUUGGAAAAACAUUCCAUAUCGCAUCUAUGGCUUAAAAAAAAAUAGAUGAUUUAAAUGGUAAUUUUGAAUAGACUUUGUAAAUCUUGAGAUCUGAUCAAUCAUAUACUUUUAAUACCUAUUCAUGUAAAGGAGAUGAUUGUUCAGGCAUUGUUACUUAAGAUUAGUAAUUAGGAGAAUAUUGGGAUUAAUGGACUUAUAUUUAUUAUGGUUAUUCAUAAGUUAUGAAAAAAACAUUUGGAUAUGUUAAGUUCACAUUUACUGAUUCAAAAUUCAAUUAAGAUCAGGUGACUCAUUUUUAUGUAGCAGUUUUUUCAAUUAUCAUUUCUUCAGAGUAAUAGAAAUUUUAAGGAUCAAUGAAGACUUGGGUUAUAAAUGUAGGUGAAGGUUCAUAUAGAGAAGGUAAUUUUGUUUCAGAUGAGAAUAUAAAAGUACAUUUUGGAUUUGUUAGUGGAACUGAUCAUAUUAAAUUAGAAUAGGCUGGAUAAGAAGCUCAUCAUGUUGAAUAAGUUCUUGAAUGUGGAUCAAAUGAAAAAGAUGUUCCUUUGCAUGUUCAAUUUGAAUAAAGUGAUAAAUUACAUCUUCAUGGUGUAAGUGAAUAUGGAUAUGGAUUUUGGGCUAGAUUCUAGCAUUAUGGCAAGAAAGGAAUUCUAUAUUAACAACCAUAAUGGAUGGGUUUAGCAAGAUUAACAACAUAAAAGGACUAUAAAGAUUUUGAAUAACCUGGUGACAGAGUUUUAUUGAUUCUAUAAGGUAAAGGUGUUCAUCAUUUUUCAACUUAUAAUGUACAACCUUAAUCAAACAAUAUUAAUGGAAAUAUUCCAUAUUUAAUUGAAUCAGAAAGUGAAUGGACAUAUAUUUAUUUCAGUUAUAAACGAAUAUCUUAAACAGUUGGACAUGCAGUUGCUUUUACUUCUUAUAAUGAUAUUACAGCAGGUAUUUAAAUGGAUGUUCUUCAUAAUUUAUUGUAAAAUUAUUUGUAAUUAACUGUUGGCCAUGCAGGUAAAUUCUAUCCUAAUUUCAAUGGGUAAAUAACAACAGUAAGAUUUAACCUUGGACCUGGAGCCUUUAUUGACAAUAAAUAAGGUAUUUUAGGAAGAAUCAAGAAUAAAGAUCCAAAACCAGAAAUUAUAUCAAAUUAAAAGUAAUUUGAAAUUAUUGCAGGAAAACAAGAUGCUACUAAUCUAAAAAUUGAAAAUCCUAUUGUUAUUGAAUAAGAAGCAAGAGAAUAUUCGGUUUAAUUAUGGUUUAGAUGGUUUAAGACUGCUACAAAGCCAAAUUAAGUAAUUUAUAGAUUAACAUCUAAUAAAGGAGAGGAUGAUGCUAAAAAUAUUGGUGAUAAAGUAUUAAUGUUGUCUCAUAUUGGAACAGCUUUAUUUAGUACAUAUUCUUUGUAAGAUUAAACUUUAAAUAUUCCAUACGAAUGUAAUAUACCUAAAUAAUAAUUGGAAAUUUGGACCUUUGCUUAUUUUGCCUAUUCCAAGAAAGAGAGAAAGAUCCAAUAUUAUCUCAAAGCAGACACUCAUGAAAAUAAAGGUCUUGAACCAGUUUUACAUGCUGUGGCAUCAAAAUACCUUUUAUUUGUUGCAAGAGAUGGAUUUUUGGAAAACUUCUCAAGCAGAUUAGCAUAACUUACAGUUAACUUUGGAGAUGGAGCAUUUAGAAAUGAUAAUUUCCUUUAGUUACCAGUUUAUAUCUUAGGACCAAAAUUAUUUUCAUAAGAAAAAGUCCAUAAAUGGGAAAGAAGUGAGAAGUUGAUACUUGGAUAAUCUUAGACAAUUAGAUUUAAUGAUUAGCCAGAUAAGCCUAUAGAAUCAAUGUAAGAAUAUAGCAUUGGAUUCUGGUGCAGAUUCUUAUAAGCUUGGCCAGAAAGAUUGUAUAGAUUACCAUUAGAAAUGCAAUUAGUUAGAUUAACAUAUAAUGAGAAGUUAGAAGUUGGAAAAGUAGCUAUUGGAGAUAGAAUUUUGGCUUCUCAUCUUAUAUAAAGUGGAUUCUAAUUUUCAACUUAUGAUUUAAAUGAUGAUGCUCCAAAUGAAUUACAUUAAAUUCCUAACUAGAGAAUAGAAGGCUAAUGGCAUUAUAUUUAUAUGGGAUAUAUAAGAUCUAAAUAAGUAGCUUCCUUUUUCGUUUACAAUGGCUAAGAUAUGUAAUCUGCCAAAAAUUAGGAUGCUUUACAUAAACCACUUGGAGAUUUUGUAAUUUUACAUAUUGGUGGAGAACCAGAAGUGCCAUCCUUCUAAGGUAUAAUGAGCAAAAUAGCUCUUAGUUUUGGACCUGGAUCUUUCUUCAGUUUGGUAGAAGAAGUCAAAAAAACUAUUGAUAAUUCUUAUGCAUUAGAUUAAUCUUUAACUGUAGGAUUUAUUCAUAAGGAGAAGCAUGGAUAAUAAGAAUUAAUAGGGAAAUUAGAAAGUGUAACAGAUGAAAUAGGAGGAACAGAAUUGAAAGGAGAAACAUGGUCAACUGUAGGUGAAUAUGCAAUUAGUGGAUGGUUCAAGACAUCUCAAGUAAAUGGAUAAAGUGCUAAUGAUUGUUAAGUAUUAUUCAGAGUUACAAAUAAUGAUAGAGAACAUUUAAAUGAUAAGAGAUCUUAGGGAGAUAGAACAUUAUUUGCAUCAAUUUGUGUUGAUUCCCUUAAAUUAUCAACAUAUACAUUGAGUGGAUUGAAGGAUUGGAAUGAGGCUAAAUUUUUAGAAGAAAAUGUUCCAUUAGGUCAUAAUAAAAGAGCAUGGAUUUAUAUUUAUAUGGGUUAUAAUGAAGAUUUAUAGGAAGUACAUGCAUUAGUUCAUUUAUUUGAGGAAGAUAAACCUUUAAUAUUCAAAGGUGUUUAGCAUUUUGUUCCACAUUAUACUGGAAUUUAUGUGGCUAAAGAUCCAUUUACUAAAAGAUUUUAAGGUGAAAUUUAGAAAUGGGUGGCAUCUUAUGGAUUUGGAGCAUUUGUAAGUGUAUAAAAAAGAGGUUAUGAAGAUUUAUUACUUAAUUAUAAUGCACUGGCAAUCAAUCAAAAGUAUAUGUGGUUCAAAAAAGAAGAUCAAGUUGUUGAAACAGAACAAGCAGUAAUAUAAGAAUUUUCUUAAGAAGUUGAAUCAGUUGAUGAAUAUUCAAUUGGAUUAUGGACUAGAUGGUUAAUAUCCUUCCCAAGUACAUUAACAGAGAGAUAACCACAACAUAAUAUUUUCAGAUUCUCAUCUAAUAAGUAAGAUUAGGAUAAGAGUGAAUUAGGAGAUAGAGUACUGGCUGCAUACUUAACUAUAGGUAAUUAUGAAUUCAGUACUUAUGAUGUUAACAAGCCUUCUAAUGCUAUGGAUGCUAAAUUACCAUAUGUUGAAUUAGAAGGAAGUUGGACUUAUAUAUAUGCAGCAUAUAAGAGUGGAUAAUUUUAUGGAAUGGUGUUAUUUAGAGAAUAAUAAAAGGCAUAACAUGUUGAACUUUAAGUUUAACAUAGAGCUUUGACAGGUUAUGCUAAAUUUGUUAUGGGGGCAAAAGAAUUUGGAAGAAAAGGAUUUCAUGGUUGGUUAUUUGAUCCAAGAAUCUUUUUAGGAACUGGAGCAUUUAUAAAUGAAGGUUAGAAAGUUGUUGAUAUGGUUUUAAAACUUCAUCGCAAAUUACCAGUACCAGCACUUGAUGCAGAAGAUUUUAAAUGGCCAGUAAAUAUUAUUGAUACAACAUUACCAGAUGAUAUUAAUGAGAAAAAAGAUAAGUUUUAAUUUGCUUUCACAAAUAAAGUUGGUCUUUUAGAAUACAGUUUUGGAUUUUGGAUGCAAAAUGGUGUUUUAUAACCUGAAAUGCCAGAUGAUUUAAGAGGUCUUGUUAGGUUAACUACUAAUAAUGAAGGCUCAGAUGAACGAUACAUUGGAGAUCGAACAUUAGCAGUUUUCACCAAGGUUUAAUAAUUAGUAGCAUGCACUUAUACUCUUAAAGAUCCUUCUUUCGAACCAGUUUCACAUUAAUUUGAUUUAAUUCCUUAUUAAUGGACUUAUGUUUAUUUUGGAUAUACUCAAGGAAAAGCAAGAGCAUAUGUUUUAAGUAUUAAAGGACCAUCAGAAUAAAUAUUUUCAGUUAAACAUGCAGUACCUAAUGCAUUUUACUUAAAUAUUAUUAAAGAUUAAUCUCAUCCUUUAUUUUAUGUAUGAAUAUUAUAAUAUUCUUAGGGUAAAUUUUAUGGAUUGAAAGUCAAUUUUGGAUAAGGUAGUUAUCUAGAAAAUCCUUAAGAAAUGAUAGAGAAAUGGCCAUAUGAUCCUAAAACAUUACCAGUUCCUGAACCAAAGGAAGAGAAAGUAUUAGCUCUUAAUUCUGCUAAAGUAGAUAGAGCUCCAAAUACUUAGCAUGAGUAAUUCAAAGAAUGA